AAUUCAGUUCGAUUUCGAGCGUGCAACAUGUAAAACGUGCCACAAGCGGUCUACGCAUUGCGUGAUAAGUUUAAUCUGAUCAAAAGUGAUUCAAAAUAAAUAGGUGAAUAGAAAAAGAAAAACAAAGCAUAUACAUACACACUUAUCUAACCUCAAAGUACAAAUGCGAGAGCUGGAUUUUUGAAAAUAAUAUUUCACCAGAAUAUGUGUGUUUAAGUGAUUGGAAUGAAAGUGCAAAAAAUGCAUAUAUGGAAUGCCUGUGUUUUUUACGAAUCCUAAAGAAUUUUAACUACUUACCUAACUAAUACCUAAAUAACGGUAAUUUCUUCAGCUCAUCAUGGGCCAAGUUAAUAGCCGACCGAGCGUACACAAAUAUUUUGCUGAUAAAACUUGCAUUGUAAUGAAUUAUGAGAUUAUUAUUUGCGGUGAAAGUGAAAUCAUUUCGCAUUGUAACCGGUAUAAUUAGGCGUAAAUUAAGUCCAUAAUAAUUUGACGCUACUAAAUUGUGGCGCCGCAAAGAAAUCGACAUUUAUAAUAGUGCACCAGUGACAAUAAAUUUUCUUCUGUUCGUUUUAACCUCCGUUCGCCCACCUAAAGGCAACUAACAACCAGCGAAAAUAGCGCCGAUUCCGCUAUACUGGCUACCGAAUGGAUAAUGGGUAUUUGUUUAGACACAGAUGCCAGCGCGGCACAAGAUACCGGCGAACAAGGCAACGAUUGGAGUCAUAUACGGAAUCAAAACAGUGCCAAUGGACGGAUCGGUACGGGAAACAUGGUCGCCAUAGACAUGCAAAAUGCUGGAAAAAUAAAAUUCGAUCCGCCCAAAGUGCCAGUGAUAUUUGUUUUAGGCGGCCCAGGUAGUGGCAAAGUCACGCAUUGUGACACAUUUAUGCAGGAGCGCCGCGGUGUGACGCACAUAAACAUGAUGGAUUUGUUGCAACAAUACGCAAUGGGGAACGAUAUGCAAGACUUCUCGCAACUAUCCUCGAAAACCGUCACAGAGGUGCUCAUGCUGGAAAUGAAAAUGGCUCCAGCUGCCAAAGCGUACCUAAUUUCAGGAUUUCCUCGCUCAAUGCGCGACGUGGUCGAAUAUUCGGAAAAGAUUCAAGUCGUGAAUGGAGUGAUCUUGAUAUCCUGGCGUCAGUCGGUUCUGCAGAAGCAAAUUGAUUAUGGCGCGAAAUUAGGUCAUGUCGUACUCUCCUUAGCCAAAAUGGAAUUAGAGAAUUUCUUCAAAAAUGUGAUGCCCGUAGCAGAUUACUUCGACCAAAGUGAUAUGCUAACAGCAGUAAAUGGCGAGCGUGCACCCGCCGAAGUGUACAAAGACUUUCGGGCCGCCAUACUCGAUGUGUUGAGCACGCUUGAGAACCAAGAGGCCAUGCUGAACGGAGUCACAGGUAUGGGCAGAGGGAUACAUGAUAUACCCGGCAGUAUAGUUAGCGUAGACACCGCACCUAGUCAAGCCGCGAAUAUUGCAGACAUUUCUAAUGCCAACGUCAACACAACUGUCUUUGCUGCCAACAACUACAACAACAUGAAUAGAAAUCACUACAACAACCAUGUGGGCAAUCCGAGCAUAACAAAUGCCGUGGGCGCGCAUAUUGCUUCAAGUGUCAACGCAGCUGCUGCGACGGCACGGAUGACAGAAGCCGAAGUCAUCACCACACAGCCUGAGGUGAUGAACCAACAAAACGCCGCGACAAGUAUGGACCUCAAUGUGGACAGCAUACCGCCAGUUAUUUGGGUCAUCGGUGGGCCGGGUAGUAACAAGGCGACACUCUGUAUGAAGGCCGUAGGGUUGAACCCUGGCUGGGGACACAUAAGCUUGGGACGUCUGUUGCGUGCUAUUACCGACUCGGCGCCACGUGCCAACACGGAAAGCUACACCGUCAAGGAGGCACUAUCCGCUGGCGAAAUGGUGCCAGAGAAAGCGAUCAACAACAUUCUCGACACGAAUAUAAGACAAUUGAUGGAUCGUAAAGGCAUAUUGAUCGACGGUUUUCCGCGAAACUUACAACAAGUCAAACAUUUUGAGAAUAAGUACAAACAACGACCGCCAAUCGUGCUGCUGGACUGCUCUAAAUUACAACUGGGGCGUGGGCGGGUUGACGAUACCGUGUCCUCGUUCAGGCGACGUUUGGAGCUCUUCCGCGAGCAAACCUUACCAAUGCUAAAAACUAUGGACAAUAGUAGUCGUCUACAAAUCGUCGAUGGCGAUACGGAUAGCCCAUCGGUGCAGCGCGAAUUUGAAAAAAUCAUACGUCAGCACAUACAAAGUAUUGAACAAACAGGUCCCUUAGGAAUGAACAACAUGGCUGACGCCGCUGUGAUGACGAAUCAUGUUGAUCAUGAUCAAACGGACGCUAUACUACAAGACUUAGAGAAUAAUGUUCCGGGUGCAGUGCCAACAAUAAGCCAUCAUGUAUCGCUCAUGAAUGGCCAUUUAAAGAAUCGAAAUAGCAGUGCUGCCAAUAAUGGUGGAGUGUUGAUGAAUGGUGACGCACGGAUGGCAGGCUUAACUGGUGGCAUUGAUUUCAGACAUAUGCUGCAGGAGGCCGAAAGAUACCCGGUGGACUCGUAUAUGUAAAACCUAAAAGCACUCGGAAUCACUUAGUUCCGGUAUGAACGUUGUCAAAGCAAUUCAACCACAUUAAUUUAAAGGUUUUACGUUACCCCGAAAGUUUUGGUCGUACUUUUUUUUGGCAAAAGUGGCUAGACUUGUUACAACAAAUUUUUUUGAAUUUCCCAACAUCCCUCUUAGCUUUCCAUAUUUAUACUCAAAAUAUCAAUAUUCGUUCAAUUUUGUUCCAAACUCUCUAUGGUUUUUAGAAUUAAGUUUUGGUUUCCUUUCAAGCCUUCAAUUUUAAAAAUUUGACAGUUAAUAUCUCGUAGAACUUUCUAGUUGUUUGUAAGUCAGACGACUAGUUGAGCUUGCCAGUCGCGCCAUACUUAUAUCUUUCCCGAUUCUUACUUAAAUUCACAUUGCGCCUCCUAAAAGCCUUGGUGCGAUUGGAUGACAUUGUUAAAAUAGUACUGUGAAAAGAUGUUACUAAUAUACAUAUGUAUGGAUAUAGUA